GAGCUGGCAGGGUCCCCAGGGCCGGGAGAUCCUCCUGGGCUCAGUUCCCGGCGGAGUGGCGGCCGCAGCUGAGCCUCGGGGCCUGCCUGGGCUGCACGGGCGCAGACCGCCCUUCGCCGGACUCCAGGAAGAGGAGGAGGAGGAGGAAGGAACAGCGGGAGCAGAGACGGAGGGGCAAGGAGCCGCGCCCGGCAAAGUUUGCCUGCUGUUCCGGAGGGCGGGUUGGGGAUCCGGCCCCAUGAGGAUCGGGAGAGCCCCCGCACCGGGCUCAGGCGUCGCGGGUCGCGGGGAGGGCGCGCCAUGGGCAGCUGCGUGGGCAGGCAACGCAGAGAGCGGCCCCCCGCCCCGGGGCACCCUCGCAAGCGGGCAGGGCGUAAUGAACCUCUGAAGAAAGAUCGCCCCAAAUGGAAGAGUGAUUACCCCAUGACAGAUGGGCAGCUGCGGAGCAAGCGGGAUGAGUUCUGGGACACGGCGCCUGCCUUCGAGGGCCGCAAGGAGAUCUGGGACGCGCUCAAGGCGGCUGCCUAUGCAGUGGAGUCAAAUGAUCACGGGCUAGCACAGGCCAUCAUUGACGGUGCUGGAGUUACCUUGCCCCAUGGCUCCCUGACUGAGUGCUACGAUGAACUGGGCAACCGCUACCAGCUCCCUGUUUACUGCCUGGCCCCGCCUGUCAACCUCAUCAUGGAGCGGAGCGAGGAGGAAGGGGUGGAGCCCCCAGAGCCGGCCCCCAACACCCGGCGCGAGUUCCCCCUCAAGGUGCGCCUCUCCACUGGCAAGGACCUGCGCCUGAGCGCCAGCAUGACUGACACAAUCGGGCAGCUCAAGAAGCAGCUCUACGCCCAGGAGGAACUGGAGCCAGGCUGGCAGCGCUGGUUCUUCUCUGGCAAACUCCUGACAGACCGAACCCGCUUGCAGGAGACCAAGAUCCAGAAAGACUUUGUCAUUCAGGUCAUCAUCAACCAACCACCGGCACCGAGGAACUGAGCUAGAGGCAGUUGGCAGGACCUCGGUCUACGAUCCCAGGGACUGAGCUGGAGCCUGUGAUCACAGGAAUCUGUUCUUGUACGAGGAGGAAGCAAAUGGUAUUCUGCUGUAACAAGCUGGAGGAUGGCGCUUGAGAGCAGGGCGGCAGGCUGUGCAGCAGGCCAGCCCAGAUUGGGCGGUGUUCAAAAUGUUUUCUCUUCUUUUAUUUGCAUCUGAUGGUCCCCUGGGCCAUUUUUUAAAAAGACCUUCCAAAUCCCCAAAGGACCAGAUCUUCUUUCUCCACUGCCCUAAACCAUUUCCAGACUCUGGGCUCGGCUGGCACCGAAACACAUGUCUUCCUCCUAUCCCACUUUGCUCUGGGGCAGGUAGAACAACCUGCACAGGGGUUUUAAGCCUGUAUGAUGGAUUGUGGGUGUCAUCCCCUUCAGGGACUGAGCAUAGACAUUCGGCACUGAGAAGCUUUUGUAGGAAGCUUACGACCAAAGCAUCCCUCCCACAAGGGAUCACUCUAGGGCCGGGCGCCAGAAUAAGCAUGUAAACAUCCUGCUAGUGCUGGCUCCCCAUUUGGAGACCUCAGGUAAUGCUGAGGUUGGUCCUAUUUGCACAAUCACUUUUGAUGAGCCAAUGAGAGGGAUGCUCAUCCUGGACCUAUGGACUGCCCCGCAUCCAGAUAAGGUGUGAUAUGGGGAAUAUGGAGGACGGUUUGUAUGGAAUAGGCAUCAGUGUAAUUUAUCAAUAAAGUCUUUUCCAACUA